AUGUCCGACUGGGAAGACGCGGCGACAGCAUCCCCGCUUUCGUCGCCUCCUGAGAGUAUUUUUGACCUCCAAGAGGAUGAGAUGGCGGCUCAUGGCAAAGCUGCCCAGACCGCCAAGGACGGUCCAUCGCUCCUAACCCAGCUGAAGGCCAUGGAAGAGGAAACGAUAGCUGUCAAAUCUCCCGACGAUGACAUGGUCAAGGCCAAGGCCAAGGCCGAUGAUGACGUCUCGACCACCUCUCCUCCUACAAUACCACCCGUGACAGGAGGCAGGAAACGUAAGGCAUCAACAGCGCCAAUCCGGCGGAUCGUCAUCAGUAAGAAGGCAAGGAAUGAGGCAAAGAAGUGGGAAAGCCCUUUCGUCUACACCGAUCCCAAGACUCCUCUCGCGAAUUCCGACCUCAGGGCCAUUCUCCUCAAUUCAAGAGCAUGGGAUGUUCUCAGCCAUGAGGAGCAGCAACAAGUCCUAAGAUUGCUUCCGGGCCACACCCAUGUUCUCGCCCCUGGAACUGAGCAACCUCGGCCCGACGUCAAUUCUCUCCGGAAUAGUGACACGUUCCGUUUCGAUUCUGCUCGGUAUUGUGAGAAUAUCGAGGCGGGGAAGCAUGACCCAGACUGGUUGCAAAGUGCCUGGGUUGCUCAUGAGAAACGGAACCGUGGAGAUUUCGACGAGUAUCAGGUCAAGCAGUUCGAGAAGACCUGGGCUGUCAAGAUCAGCCCCGAGCACCACCCCAAAGCUCUUCGAAACGAAGGUCAAACAGCUCCCCAGAGCGUCCGUAGUGACAGCAUUGACCCGGCCACUACCGAGAAGAUUGGUUUAAAAGCUUCGGAAGAGGCAAAAAAAACCGAUAACCGGGAUCAAUGCCCCUCUUCUGAUGGCCCAGAACCGACAUCACCCACCCGUUCGUAUUCGAGCAUGGAGAAAAAGAUCGCCAACGUUGAUAUCACCAGGGAGGAGCCGAAUGAGUCUUGUCACGCACACUCGCUCCCGGGCAUGAAAACACACGAAGAGGUAGCUGAGUCUAUCGAGGUGAAGAUGAGUAAUCCGGUUUGA